AUGGUCGGCGCCGCCGCCAUGGCCUCGCGCAGUCUCACCGACGUCUUCCUGCUGAUGCGCAACAACGCGCAGCAGACGCGUCACAUGUACUCGGCGCACGGCACGUCCGACUCGGAGGCGCUGGUGGCGCGCGAGGUGCAGUUUGCCGCGCGCGACGUCCAGGAGAGGCUGCACGAGCUGGACGCGUUGCGCCAGCGCCACCUGACGCGGCCCACGCUCGACGAUAGCACGGCCGAUGAGCAGCAGAUCGAGGCGCUCCAGCACGACAUCACGGCGGCGCUGGUGGUGCUGGCGCUGGCCACGCGACUACAAGAGCUGAGCGGCGAGUUUCGCAGCUCGCAGGGGCAGUACCUGCGCCGGCACCAGCAGCGCGAGCAGCGCUCGCAGAGCUACUUCGACGCCAUGAUGCUAGAGGAGAGCGUGCCGCCGGACGCGGGCGAGGAGGACCGGGCGUUCAUGCAGCACGGCGAGCUGGUGCGCUCCAUCACCGAGCUCAACGUCAUCUUUCGCGAUCUCGCCAGCAUGGUGGCUGGUCAGGCGCAGCUCGUCGACCGCAUCGACGUCAACGUGGACAACACCCAGGUGAAGGUGACGCAGGGCCUGCGGCAGCUGCAGAAGGCCGACCAGUACCAGCGGCGUGGCCGCAAGAUGUCCUGCAUCUUCGGUCUGGCUGGGCUCAUCGUGCUGCUCCUCAUCAUCCUCAUCUCGGUGAAGUCAUAG